CCGCGGGUGACUGUCGCAAACCAAAGUCUGAGAUGGACAACCCUGCAGCGGCGCGUGCCGACGCCACGGCCUGACUGCAUGCAUGUAUGUGACAAGCAAAUGCGCAAAGAUGGUGUGGUUACGCUCUAGGUAGUCUCUGCGAAGGGUCUUGGGGCUGUGUUUUGAGUAGCAAAUACAUAACCAUGUUGCGACGCCCAAUCUUUCCUUCCGCGCGGCUCUUCUAAUAUUUUUGCACUGUCUUUCUUUUUUCACUAAGCCAUGUUGUCGUUGGCUGCUUUACUUUGGGUCACGGCCCUUGGGCCAAUUGCUUCUGCAUCUGCUUCUGUUCAACCGCAUAGUGAUUUCAGUGACAUUGCUCGAUAUCUACACCACCGUGCCGCAGAUGGCGUCAUUCUGGACAAACGUACCUCGAUAAACUCUGCUCUGGAGGACUUCACGCUGUUUAAAUACUCCAAUGAGGUGUCGACCAAAAACGGCAGCUCAACAACUACCCUUUCAAAGGGAAUCGAAAUCGUCUGCACAAAAUGCUACGUCCUGGGCUCUGCUCAGGUCAAACUCACUUCCAGCGAACCAUUCAACGCGACUCAAUUCACACAGUCUACCGCCAAUGCAUUCAACAAGACCUUUGGCGACAUCAAGAAAUAUACCUCGGUGCUAGCCGACGAAGUUCAACACUUUGUUGGGACGAGCCUUGAGUCUAUUUCACAUUUGGAUCUUGGAAGCCUGCAAGGUUUCCACCUGCCUGCACCCCAGAUUGACUUUAAUAUCCCUGUCACCGCGCCAGACACAAAGUUACAAAUCAAUUUCCAAGAUCUCGAUGUGUACGCUGAACUAGGAGUUGUCCUCUCCUCAAGCCUCACUUACAAACUCAAUCUCUACUCUUCGAAAUCCUUGUUGGGUGCCAAGGUUGGCAACGUGCUUGUGGGCGUGGUUGUUAAUUUGGACUUGAUUCUAUCUACCGAGACCGAGGUUGACCUGAGUACAGGUUUCCACAUAAAGCUUGACCGGGCCCUGAUAGACAUCACCCUGUUUGCCGAUGAAGCGUCCCAUAUCGACCUCCGUGGCGGAAAAUUCGACUUUCUCCCAGUAACGAUCGAGACUAGCUCUGUCGUCCUCAAGGCCGUCUUGCGUCUCGGUGUACAGACGGGCUUCACCGUUGGAAUCGACUAUAGCCAACCCGUGGAGAUCCUCAACCAUACCAUGUCUGAUCUCAAACUCAUGUCUGGCAUUGAGGCCUCUGUCUAUGCUAACAUUGCGGAAUUUACUACGAACGUCACAGCGGCCGAUAUGUCUGACGAUCAGAACAAGUGUAAAGUAUCUGUGGAGCAAGGUUAUCAAUUCGCUAUUGGCGCCGCAGCUGGAGCCUCAGUGCAACUCUUUGAUCACAUAUGGGGGCCUGUUCCCAAGACUGAAAUUCCUCUCUACUAUACCAGCCUCAAACCAGCUUGUAUUACUCCCAAGACACGAACGGCAACGCCAACGCCAAUACUCAAGGACCGAGUUGAUUUGUCCACUACGACAACAAAAACGCAAUACACAUAUUCGGCCCUCGGUUGCGCAUCACAACUCAUCAAUUGCCCUGCAUCAUUGAUGACUUUGUCUACAAACAUCAUCAAGACGACGCUGACUACAAGUGUUCCCGCUGGCGCCGAUGUAGUGUGGACUGUUCAACAGGCCAAGACAACACGAGCAGUGCCGGUAGAGUUUGGUGCAAAUGCGGUUACCAUAGCCCCGUCAUCAGGCAAACCAACGUCGUUUGUACCAACACCUACAACAUCACCAAAGAGUGUUGGAGAUAUUAUCAGCGGGUCAACUGGCGGCGUAAACAACAAGCUGAUAAUUGGGCUGAGUGUUGGCCUGGGUGUUCCAUUGCUGGUUGCAAUCACGGCAGCAAUCAUUUUUUUCCAUCGUCGUCGUAAGAGUAACGAUCCUAAGGGUGCAGCAGAGAGUGAAACACUAGCGACUAAAUGAUAUUUGUAGACAAGUUAGUCAGUUAACAGUAGUAGUCUAUAUAAGCUCUAUAUCCGUCAACUGUUUUUUAU